AUGGAAGCACAUAAAGGCGUUCCAAGUGCAAAAGCUCUCAAGGGUGUUCAAAGUACAGAAACACCUAAGGGUAUUCCAAGUGUAGAAAUGCCCAAAGGUGUUCCUAGUAUAGAAGCGCCCAGGGGUGUUCCUAGUACAGAAGGGCCCAAAGGCGUUCCAAGCAUGGAAAUGCCCAAGGGCAUUCCCAACGCAGAGGCAUCGAGGGGCAUUCCAAGUACAGAAGCCCCUAGAGAUGUUCCCAGUGCAAAAAUGCCCAGGGUUGUUCCUAUUACAGAAGAGCCCAGGAGCAUUCCAAGCGUGAAAGUGCCCAAGGGCGUUCCAAGCACAGAAAUGCUUAGGGAUGUUCCAAGCGCAGAAAUGCCUAGAGAUAUUCCAAGUGUAGAAGCGCCUAAAAAGCAUUACAAGCAUAGAAACACCCAAAAACAAGUAUGGAAUAGCUAUUUGUACGAAGAAUGA